GUUUGACUGCCAGUAGCAGAUUUGCGAAUAUCAAGCUGCUGCAAGAUUGACGAACGUGAAUACAUAUUAUCAAAGUAUUCAGCUGACCUUGGUUCAUUGAUUUCGCGACAACUAUGGUGGAUGUUUGAUUGUUAUGCAUUUUUACUACGCGAUUUAUCAUCGCACGUGAUGCUGGUAUAAGGAAUCUGAUCCUCGCCUUUGAUUUAAGGCGCUGCCUGCCGCCCGUCCCGGCCGCCAUGGACGCGGCCUCCGACGCCAGCAGCGGCGCAGACAGCGCCGUCGACGACCAGCUGGUGUGCCGCGACUUCCUGCGCAACGUGUGUCGGCGCGGCCGGCGCUGCAAGUUCCCGCACCCGGAGGAGGAGGUGGUGGCGCCGCCGCCGGCCCGGCCCGAGCUGGUCACCUUCUGCCACGACUACCAGAACGGACAGUGCGCCCGGCCGUCGUGCCGGUUCGUGCACUGCGAGCGCGGCGAUGAGGAGCUGUUCCGACGCACCGGUCACCUGCCGUCGCACGUGCUCGAGGCGGCCGUGAUGCGCGGCGCCGAUAUCCGUGUCGGCCGACACGAGGUGCCCGUGUGUAAGGACUUUGCGCGCGGCGAGUGCUCGCGCGGUGUCAAGUGCAAGUACCGCCACCUGACGGUGUCCGAACUGGAGCAGCUGUGCAGUGGAGGUAGCGUUAGCAGCAGCGGCAGUCGGCCCGCCUCCAGCGGCUCCCCCGACAGCGGGGACUGUGAGCCGCCAGAGGCCAAACGGAGACACUUUGACGACUACUCGCGGCGUGGGGUGGUGGUACGUGACUAUCGACAGACGCCGCUGUCGCAGGAACCCAACCCGCACUCCAUCAUAGACUACCGGCUGAUAGAGGAUGAGAACAGGAUACUGCAGAGGAGAGUGCAGGAGCUGCAGAAACAGGUGGACGACCUCACCACCACCAACGAGUUCCUGCUCGACCAGAACGCGCAGAUGCGGCUGGCCAAGCAGUCGGCGAGCGGCGCGGGCGUCACCACGCUGGCCACCGUCUCGGUGCCGGCCGUGUCGAUGGCGGCCGGCUCUGGCGGCGUGGCGGCCGCGCCCAUCACCAUGUGUCCCAUCAGCCAGCCGCUGGUGGCGCAGGGCGCCGCCGCACAGGUGGUGACCGUGCCCGGCAGCAUGGGCGCCGUGCCGGUCACCCUGACACACACCCCGGGCACGGCGGGGACGAUCUCAGUCAGCCUGGCGCCGGUCACUCUGAACCAGCAGGGCGCCGCCGUGGUGUCUAUGGCCAGCAUGGCGGCCAACAUCAACCACCAGGCGGCCGUGGCUUCCAUGAACAACAUGAACCAGCUGGCGGUGACCAUGCCGUCUUUGAACCAGCCGGUAGCGGCGUCUAUGACCAGUAUCGCCAAUAUGAACCAGGCCGCGGUGGCUACCAUGAACUCUAUGAACCCGCUGGCGGUGUCGCUGGCAUCCAUGAACCAGCCCGUCGCCGCAUCUAUGGCGUCAAUGGCGAACAUGACUCAGGCGGCGGCCGCCACCAUGGCUUCCAUGAACCCGAUGGCAGCUGCUACCAUGGCCGCCAACCAGUCCGUGUUCCAGCCGGCUGCGUCCAUCAACCAGCCGGCGGCCGCGUCCAUGGCUUCCAUGGCCUCCAUCAACGAGGCGGCCGUGGCGACCAUGGCUUCCAUGAACAGCAUGGCGGCGACGAUGGCGUCGAUGCCGCAGCCGGUGGCGGCCUCGAUGGCGGCUUCCAUGAACCCGAUGGCGGCGGCGUCGAUGGCGUCAAUCAACCAGCCGAUGCCUGUGGCCUCCAUGGCCUCGAUCAACUCGGCCAACGUCGCCGGCGCCGUUCUCAGGUGAUCGCUGACCGGCGCCGGAACUAGCUCUGGGUCACUGCGCCGGGCCGCUGCCGUGUCGGUGGCGGCCUGCCGUGCUGAACACUGACUGCUCCCGCGAGAGGGAGCGUGCGGCGCUCUGACGAGCGGACGGCUCACUCUCUGACGAGUGGCGCGCUCUGACGAGCGGUGUCGUCGUCCCUUUUUGAGGGCACCUCACUGUCACCGUGUUGUGAACACACCCCGUGUUGUGACGGGAUUUAUCCCUAGUGAGUGCGGUGGUGAACUCUCACUGGACAGCUUAUUCCGUGUCAGAGAGACGAUAGACAGGUGUCUGAUGUGGACCGGUGGUGUAUGAAUGGGCGACACCAAAGGGGGGAUGCGUGGAGGUAGUGGUUCCGAACGUACGGGUGAUAUUAUUUGAUAAGGUAUCGUUUUGUACGAAAUGUGUGCGCGCUUAGGUAGAAGUCGGUUGUAAGUUGUAACCUCGUAGUAGCAGUGGUUGGGGUAGUUGAUGGAGUGUAAAUGUUAUGAGUUCUGACUGUUGUGUUUAGAUGUUGUGUAGCUUUUAGUGAUCAUCUCGUAGUUGUAGGGCAUUGCAUUGCUCAAUUGUGAGCUGGAAGUAUGUGAAUGUACAUUUUGUGAAUGGAGUUAGCCUACUAAUUCAUUUAUUUCGUUUCGCUAUUGAUGUAACGACUGAGGUGUUUUGUAAGUGUAAAAGGAUCCACAAUACACAAUGUGGAGGUCAA